AUGUCCGAAGAUCAGGACUUAAUGGCCAGGAUCAGUCAGCUUGCUGGCCAGAUCAACAGAUUCAAGAAUGGAAAUACACCCGUUCAGUCGGCCCAUAAUGAAAUGCACUCCAAUUCCCAUGUCUCGCGACAUACUUCCUAUCGAGGACGACCUGGUUGGGCUCCUUAUCGCGGACGACCGUACGGGCGCGGUCGUGGUGCUGCCCCUCACCGUCACCGCACCCUUAUCCUUAACAACUCUGCGACGCCCGCUUCCAAAAGCUCGACUCCUCCGGACGGUAUGGCGAUAGAUACUGACGAGAACAGUCGCUCGGCUACACCAAAUGCCUGGGUGACAAAACACGCGCGACACAUGCAGCUUAUCAACUCUGCGGUUUAUGAUAAAGAAGCUCAGAAGAGGGUGAAGGCUUUGGAAGAAACGCGUAAAGCGAAAGCGCAGAAGAAGGCGCAGAUAGAGCAGGCAAAAGUGCUGCAAUUUGCUCACGGCGCUGGCCGACAAUUUUCUUCGAGCUCUAACCCCCAGGUUUCUGCGGCUGGGGAAUCUCACGGAGAGUAUCAGAUAACUCUCAACGACAUUCCAUUCCGUGUUUCUCGCGGUGGUGGCAAGCUGAUCAGAGUUUCUAGUGCGACCCCUGUUCUUUCCGCGCUAAUAGAGAGAGCUGGCUUACAGAUAGUAGAUGAUCCGAACACUGCAAACAACACGCCCAAGAGGGUGAAAGUUGCUGGGGUGACGUUCGUCCGGAGCAAGAAUGGCAACCUUCAUCGGCUGGGUGCAGUAACCUCUAAAAGAGUGCCCUCGGCGGUCAAGAAAAAGGACGAGCUUUGCCAAAGAUUCACUACGACGGGUACCUGCUACAAGGGACCUUCGUGUCCUUAUAUCCACGAUCCGAACAAAGUCGCUAUCUGCAAGGACUUCCUUCAGACUGGCAAAUGUAGCGCAGGUAACAGUUGUGAUCUCUCCCAUGAACCAUCACCUCAUAGGUCUCCUGCUUGUGUGCAUUUCCUUCGAGGUCGUUGUUCUAACCCAGAGUGUCGCUAUGCUCAUGUCCGAGUCACACCUGGUGCGCCAGUGUGCCGGGCUUUCGCGACGCUGGGAUACUGUGAUAAGGGCGAGACAUGUGAGGAGAGACAUGUGCACGAGUGCCCUGACUACGCCAACACGGGUGUAUGCAAGAAGAAGCACUGCCGGCUGCCACAUGUUGACCGUGCAGGACAGAUUCGGAAGAAUGCUGGUCCUAAAGAAGGUGAAGGUGACGAUGAAUCAGACGCUUCCAGUGAGGAAGAAGAGUUUGACGAAAUUGGCUCCGAUGAUGUCGACUCUGAUUAUCUCUCGGAUGAGGGAGAACUUAUAGAAGGAACGGAAACCGGUGAAGUCUCGAAGCAGCAGGAUUUCAUCCGGCUUUGAUUGUACUCAAUCACUAACUGACAGUCUGUAAUCUCGGAUCGCUUUGUCGGCACCCGGAAGGGACUGCAGAAAGGAUUGGUAGAGGGAUGAUCCCAUCAGCUUGGAUACAAGUCGACUUUCCUUUCGUUUGUUGUUUCAUGGAAGAUACCCCGGAUAUCUUAUUCAGAAUUUGUACAUCAUCGUCUCGCGGUUUCGGCUCGGGAGGAGUUGAGACAGUGCUGAUGUGGUGUGAUAUGGUCAUAGUUGUAGACUAUUAUUUUACAAAGAGAUUAGAAAAUCAAUGGAGUUGGUUGUUUU